GUAAGAUGUAGCGCCUCAGCCUCUGCCCAGGCAAAUCCCUGUACCAUACAGGCAGAAGACAGGCUGUACACAGACAUAUUAAAGAGGGACGUAGCCAAACCCAGAGACAUUAGUCACUGCGGAGUUACAGUGUGAACAUAGUGUGAAAGGUCGCCCCUGGUAAGUGAAACAUUGCUUAUGACUGCAGAAAGAAUGAAACGCUUUAUUUCCCAAACAAACUUUAGCUAACCUGCUAACACUGUUGAAAUUGACCUAGCUGCACUGAAUUUUCCUUUAAAACCAACUUUCCUCAGUUUUCAGUGGACUCUCGGUGAAGUUGUAAAAUGUGUGGAAGAACUGCGUGCACUCUUGCUCCUGACGAGGUAAGCCGAGCCUCCUCUUAUAGGAACCGAGGAGGGCGGCGGAGACAGCCCCGCUGGAGGGAUGGGGAUGCGGACAAAUACCGACCAUCUUAUAACAAGAGCCCGCAGUCCAUGAGCCCGGUCCUGCUCUCUCAGAGGCACUUUGACAAGGUAAAAACAAGAGCACCGUUCCGCUGCAGUUGAGGAUUUAGUGUGAAGGUAAUUGUCGUAAAUACAUAAAGAUUACACAACAGUUGAGAUAAUGUUUUCAACCUUAAAUUGGACAUAUAAAUAAGUAUACUGUACUGUAAUCACAUUAAAGGGCCACAGUAGUAGGGAUACGGCUCAAUUUACCCCACUCCUAUGGUCAACUUACCUCAUACACGAGACCACUUUUUUGACAUGCUAUAUUAUCAAGACAAUUCUGUUUACACUCAUUCUGUUGGUUUGCAGGAGUGCACAACAUCUUGAAAUAUAUGCAGAUACAGUAGUUAGAGACAAAACUAUGAUUGCCUUGAUGUAGUGAUCUGAAAUAUGAAAAAUGGCUCAUCUUACCCCACUCUCGCCUACUGUAAUCAUAUUUAAGGGCCAUAGAAUUUAACCAUAGAUUUAAAUAAUUACAUUUCUCAGUCACAGUCAACACCUCUUGGGCUGUUGUUUGUCUAAAAUGAAACAGGUUUAUAUUACAAGGUCGAGAUAUACAUAGUAUUUUAUAUAGGUGGUCUGUCUGUGAUGUUUAAUAUUUUUGUGUUUUAAGGAAGCUCCUGCAGAUGAGUGUGUGCUGGCCACAAUGCGUUGGGGUCUGGUACCUUCCUGGUUCAAGGAGAAAGACCCCAACAUGAUGCAAUACAGCACCAGCAACUGCCGCAGUGAGAACAUCCUGCAGAAAAAAUCUUACAAGGUGCACACAGUUAGAAGCUCUACCACAGUGUUAUAUUUCAAAUGCUUUGUGUCACACUUUGUCUGCUUAGUGUGUCUAAUCACUUAUGUCUCCUUAAAGGACCCAUUCAACAAAGGACAGCGUUGUGUCAUCCUGGCGGAUGGCUUCUAUGAGUGGAGGAAGGAGGGGAAAGACAAGCAGCCCUUCUUCAUAUACUUCCCCCAGACUGAGGCAAAAACCAAGCGUCAAGGUGACCCCACAUCCUCAGCUCGAGAUGAUGAGAAUCAAGAGACAGCCCUCGCAGCAAAGGUUGGUACUGGGUUUGUCAGAAGCAAUACAAGCACCACAAGCAUGUGCUUUUAUCUAGAACAGAAGUAGAAAGACUGCAGUGCAGGUGGACAUGAGCAAGACUGAGAAUACUGAGAAUAUCUUUUGUGGGAGAGGCGCCAAAGCAGAGAUGUGCGUGUGUGCAGCCAGUGUUUCCUUAGCACUUUCGAUUUGACACACAAUGCAAAUGUGAUUCUGUUUGAUAUUAGCGUUGUGCUUAGGGGUGUGAAAAUGUCGAAUCUACAGACUUCUUUUCUUUUCUUUUUUUUUUAAACUAGCCAUUUAUAUUUACCUGUGUUUGUGCUACACGGUGUUCAGGCAGAUGACGUUUCAAGUGAGUGGACUGGAUGGAAGUUGCUGACUAUGGCUGGAGUCUUCGACUGCUGGACACCUCCAGAUGGAGGAGAACCUCUUUACUCGUACAGUGUAAUCACAGUGAAUGCAGCUCCAAACAUAGAAAGUAUCCAUCAUAGGUAAAGAAAAUUAGCAGGCUAACAUGCUCUUUCUUUGCAUUUGACUUGAACAAAAAUGCUAAACUGCUGUGUGGUUGUGUUUCAGGAUGCCAGCCAUUCUAGAUGGAGACGAAGAAGUGAGAAGAUGGCUUGAUUUUGGCGAGGUAAAAUCCCGAGAUGCCUUGAAACUUCUGGAGUCUAAAAACAUUUUGGCUUUUCAUCCAGUUUCUUCAUUAGUCAACAACUCGCGCAACAACUCACCUAAGUGCCUCCAGCCUGUGGAUCUGAACAGCAAGAAGGUACUGGAUAAGGUGUUUCGUCAUACUCACAUUAAUAGUUUCUCUUGUUUGUUAGUAGAGUUUUAUGCUGACAAGUCUUGACCCUUGAUCCCCCAGGAGCCUAAGCCUACCGCCAGUAGUAAGAUGAUGGCAGGCUGGCUGAAGAGCAGCACACCUUCUAAGAGGAAGGAGCCCGACACGUGUGAGAGUGAAGAAAAGAAGGCAGGGUCUCAGAGCAAGUCCAAGGGAGGGAUUCAGGAGUGGUUUCAGGGAUCCAAGAAGAAACCAAGAACCACUUAAAGAUGUAGACCUGAACUCAAGACUCUGUAGUUCUUGGAGCAUUUAGGUUUUUUCAGACUUUAAUCAUUUUUACACUGCAAGAAAAUUUGUUGAGAUUUUCUCUGCUAUAGUAACUGAAAUGUAAUAAAAAUAUGCUUCUUAUGAUUCUUGUUAAAAUGUUGACAAUAAAUGUAAGAAACAAACAAAAGA